GCGAGAGCGAGAGAGUAAGAAGAUGGGUUGAGGGUUGAUAAAAUGCAUCAUAAUCAACAUUGGACUGUGUUUUCAUCUAGAAACUCAUACAGAAAAGAUAAAAUAACAUUUUUCUUUCAGAUUUGGCAUUAACCAUGCAAUCCAAAGCAAAUACGGGAACCAAAUAGCUAUAAUUUACUUGGUAAUUGAUUAAACCGGCAUAAACUUAAUUCAUUUUAAUUCAAAAUUUUUCAAAAUCAACCUUGAGUAUAAUUCUGAAGGCCUGAGGAAAAUUAAACUCAUAAAAGAUAGAUAAAUAGAUAUUUACUUUUGCGGUUGAAUUGAAGUUCAAUUCGAUUCACAUGUAACUUUGGGUUUUACAGCAAAAAAUGAUAUGUGCCUCGUUAUGUCGUCUACUGUGGUCAUCAGUCUAACUUUACUAUCAUUGAUGGUGUUUAUCGUGGCUAUAACUUCAAAUCCAGUCAAUUACAAAGGAUAUUCAGUGAUCUCGGUGAUUGCAAGAACAAGAUCGGAUGUCGACUUUAUCAACAAUUUAACUAUUGAUCAGAGGAUUGAUUAUUGGUUUCCAUCAUCAACUCCAAAUCAACCAAUCAAGCUACUAUUAAACCAGGAUAGUCUUCAAAAAGUUAUUGGUGAUCUCCUAGGACGCAAAUUAACUGUUAAGGUUGAAAUAGACGAUCUGGGAAGGCAUACCAGUAAGCAAAAUAUAAACGCUAAUGGCGAGAUCAGGACUAAUUACAACCAAACUGAUGAUACGUUUUUCCAAUCUUAUGCUCGAUACGAUGUAAUGGUUAAAUAUUUAGAUGGUUUAGUGACUAAAUAUCCAAAUAAGAUAGUUAGAUCAACCAUUGGGCAGUCUUUUGAAAAGAGGAAUCUAACGUUAGUUCGCAUUGGAAAUUCAAUUCAACGAUUCAAGCGUAAACCGAUUAUUUACAUUCAAGGUGGUUCUCAUGCAAGAGAAUGGAUCAGUCCAGCAACACUAAUUUAUUUGAUUACAACUUUAACUAAAUCCAAGGAUCGUUCGAUAACAAAAUUGACUCAUUUUUUUGAGUAUUGGUUUUUACCAGUUGUAAAUCCUGAUGGCUAUGAAUAUACACAUACUCAUAACAGAUUAUGGAGAAAAACCCGAUCAAGAAUCAAUAAUGAACCUUGCAUUGGCGUCGAUCCCAACAGGAACUUUGGUUACUUCUGGAAAGGUGGAGUGGAUAAUGAUCCUUGCAGUGAAACUUAUUCUGGACGAAAACCUUUCUCUGAACCUGAAGUGGCGUCAAUUGCAAAAUUAAUUCAUCCCAAUGCAUCAAGAAUUAAAGCUUUCCUCGAUUUUCAUUCGUUUGAUCAAAGUUGGCUAAUUCCUUAUGGAUUUGACUCACGAAAGCCAAAAGAUUUUAUUGAUAUGGAAAGGAUUGCCAAAAAAUCUGUCGAUGCUUUGGCUUCAAUCCAUGGAACUAAUUAUUCAGUAGGAAAUAAAGCCCAAUUACUUUAUCCAGCAUUUGGAUUAGCUGAUGAUUGGGCUAAAGGAUGUGCUAAAAUCAAAUACUCAUUUUGUAUUGAAUUGCGAGAUAAAGGGGAAUAUGGUUUCUUGUUACCUGCAAAUGAGAUUAUUCCUGUUGGUGAGGAAAUUAUGGCAGCAAUCAAAGUUCUGAGUGGAGAAAUAAUGAAAGAAAUAAAACAAUCAAAGUUGCGAAAACGUAAAGUCAAAGGAAAUCAAAGUUAAUUGAAAAUUUACAUGAUUCAAGCUAUUUUAUUCCUGGUAAAAAGGAGUUGGACGAUUCCACUUUAGCCGAGUUAAUUGCUCUCCAUGUUUCCCGAAAGCUUUCAACAUUGGACGAUGCACUUUGUUUGUAUUUUGGUAGAUUUAGUGUUUCACUUUCCACUAAUUGUGACGCUGACUGUUGCUUUUGGUAUAAUUUGUUGGUUGAUUUGAGCAUUAGACGAUUACGAAGAGAAGCAUUCAUUUUGAGUGCUUCACCUAAGGCCAGUCGAAGUCUUCCUACCUCGAUUUCAAGAUUAUUUAAACGGUUAAUUGCUUCUAAUGGUAGUGAAUCUAGAAUGGAAAUAUUGGAUAAAGCAAAUAUAAAAUUUAGUCACCAUACGUUUCAUGAACCUGAAAACUUAUACUAACUCUUUUCUGAUUCACUUGGCAUAACAGAGCUUAAUUUGCUUGAUGGUCCUUCCAAACAAUCAGGAUAUAAAUUGUUAACAAUCAACUUGAACUGUAAAUCUAGAAAUGUGAAACGUGAAAAUGUAAUCUGAGACUCCAUGCAAGGUUGUUCAUACAAUUGAGAUGUUGAUUUUUAAGAUUACCAGAACAACAUAUCAAUUUUGAGUGACACUUACCUCUGUUUUUGCGAUUUAAAUCUUCAAUUUGAUUGUGGAGACAAUUGAGAACCAUUUUGUGUUGAUCCUUAAUAAAUUGUAAAUUUUUCUCAAGUAAACGUAAUUUCAAUGUUGGAUUAUUAAAUGAGUUGACCGUAUCACAAUUGGUCUCAUAACCUUUCCAAUGAUCAAUAUCAUCAAAUGUCGCUGAGGUGGAUAACAGUGAAGGUGAAGAUGAUGCAGAUGAAGACGCUGAUGAUGGAUUCAAAUUGAACGAUCUGUAAUUUAUUAGAUUGUUUGGACUUUUACUUGUUGCCAUUUUAUCAAGUGAAGUUAAAUUGGUCGAUGGUUCACUUGAUUUCACUAUUGGAGGUAAUUUGGUUAUGAUUGUUGGACGUUUAACAAGGUAAGGGUUGAUUGGAUUAAUCUCAUCACCCGAAACAAUCUCACCACAUUCAAUUAAACGAGUUAAAUUUUCCCGAUGAGGUAAACAAUGAGAGGUAAAACCAGAAGACUGUGAGCCAGUCUCCAUUGGAAGUCAUUACAUUAAUUUCAAUAAUUUUUAAUUAGAAUGACAAUUUGUCCACUUUAAACAUUUAGAUGACUUGGUGAUUAAAGAAUAGGAAGAAACGAAAAAUAAAUUUAAACGUUGUUCUGUUGUCAGAUAACAUUGAUUUUAGUAAUCAAUUGAAUGUAAAGUAUAUUAGACUCGUUAAAGUAAAUACGUUUUUCAGAUCAAUACCUGUUACUAUGGUGAGAAUAUAAUGUUGAUUAUUUUUGCAUUUUUACAAUAAAAUCGGCUUUUAAUCAGAAUCAA